AUGUAGGAGCUUUCACUUUCGGCAGCUUUUAUUUUUCAUUCCCCAUUGUAGAAUUUAGAUUUUGACUUUGAAAGCACGCGUAGCCCACAUGUUUUUUCUUAACCACAGCUCAUUGAGGUGCUGUUGUUUUGAUUUUUGGUCUUACCUGUGGCCAUUGAGCUGUAUUACUAUAUUUUAGAAACAUAUUUUUCCUUUUUUUUUUCUUCUAAUUUUUAUGUCCACACUGUUUUCUCCUGCAGAUUGCCGUGAUACUUUUUUCUCUCAUAUUUUUCCAAGGCGUUUCUGCUGUUGAAGCAGAAAUAUUUGCCUCUCUCAAACACACUCUGCAUUUAGAAAGAAUGAGUGACGUCAAAGAAUCCGUGAUUCCCUUCUUAGAUGAGCUGUGAAACAUGAAACAAGCCUGGUUAUAGGCUAUUAGAGCCUUUUGUCUACCUUCAGAGGUAGACUCCAGCACUCACCGCCCCCCAGGCGCUUGAACCGCGGUGUGACUGCGCGACCCUGACGCAUCUGCAGGACCAGGCUGCGGCAAUGGAAAGUAUUUUGAAUGAGAGUGAGAUCUGGCAAUUCAAUGAACCCUGGAGAAACUCAAGUCUGGUGAACGGAACUGGUAGUCUGAAUAAGACAAACCCUCUGAAGCGGAACGAGGAGGUGGCAAAGGUGGAGGUGGCCGUGCUGGCUCUGGUUCUGUUCCUGGCGCUGGCCGGGAACCUGUGCGUCCUGCUGGCCAUCCACACCACCAAACACAGCCAGUCCCGUAUGUAUUACUUCAUGAAGCAUCUGAGCAUCGCCGAUCUAGUUGUGGCGAUUUUUCAAGUUCUCCCUCAACUUAUCUGGGACAUCACAUUUCGAUUUUACGGACCAGACGCGCUGUGCAGGUUGGUGAAAUACUUGCAGGUCGUCGGGAUGUUCGCCUCCACUUACAUGCUGGUGUUGAUGUCCGUAGACCGGUGUUUGGCCAUUUGUCAGCCUCUCCGUUCUCUGCACAGGAGAAGAGACAGAUUUUAUGUUAUAGUUUCCUGGAUGUUGAGCCUGCUUUUUAGCAUCCCGCAGAUCUUCAUCUUCUCCCUGAGGGAGGUGGGCUCGGCCGGGUCGGGAGUGUACGACUGCUGGGGCGACUUCGUGAAGCCCUGGGGAGCAAAGGCUUAUAUCACAUGGAUGAGCCUCACGAUCUAUAUAAUCCCAGUGGCCAUACUGAGCAUUUGUUACGGGAUGAUUAGCUUUAAAAUAUGGCAAAAUUUCAAACUGAAAACCAAACGGGAACAGUGCAUAAGCCUGACGCCGAAAACGUCCAAAAGCAACACGCUGGCCCGAGUGAGCAGCGUGAGGCUCAUCUCCAAGGCAAAGAUCACCACCGUCAAGAUGACUUUUGUGAUUGUUGUGGCAUAUAUCGUGUGUUGGACCCCUUUUUUCUCUGUCCAGAUGUGGUCUGCGUGGGAUCAAGCAGCACCUCGUGAAGCCAUGCCCUUCAUUAUCUCCAUGUUGCUGGCGAGCCUCAACAGCUGCUGUAACCCCUGGAUCUACAUGUGUUUUGCCGGGCAUCUCUUUCACGACCUGAGGCAGAACUUUCUGUGCUGCUCCACAGGCUACCUCAAGUCGUCCCAGUGCCGCUGCGAACGUGACUUCGACUCCAGUCACAAGAGCAACUCCUCGACGUUUGCCAUUAAGAGCACUAGCAGUCAGAGGAGCAUCACACAGACUUCUGCCACAUAAGUACCCCCCAACCAACACCUCCCCCCCAAUCUCCCCACACAUUUUCACAUUUUGGGCCAAUCCCAAUACACCCCCUACUUUCUACCACUAGCCCUCCCUCACUACCACUACCCCUAAAAAAGAAGCCACAGAUUUUAGGGCACUUGAAAUCUUCCCAGGGCCCUGUCCCAAUACUCCCCCUACCCCUACUUUCAGCACCACCCCUAAAAUCAGGAAGCUGAGAGCCAAAAGCUGUUUUAAUUUCAGCUGUAGCGCUGUUAAUAUGCCACUUUAAGUUUUAAUAUUUUUUCAGGCGUAAAAGUAACCGUUAAGAUCCCCAACCUGGGCUCAGUUUAUCCAAAUAACGCCUGUUAAGAAAUUUCAUCUGAUGUUUUCGGCGAUGAUAAGAGCAGCCGGUCCGGGGCGCAGCAGCAGCAGCAGCAGCAGCAGCAGCAGCAGCAGCAGCAGCAGCAGCAGCAGUUCACGUACAGACGUGAUCGCCAGGUCAACCUGCGCCGUCGUCCCGGGAGAAACCUGCAGCUCUGUGGAGAAUUACAGCUGGCUGAAAUAAAUCAUUUAGGAAGAUAAAUGUUGGUUUAAUAGAUGAAAUCUAACAGUUGUAGCUACGCCUGUUAAGAAAUUUGCUCAGAAAAUUUUGGGAUUUCUGCCUGCCUGCCGGCUCGGGAGCUGAUUUAUGGUUCCGCGUUAAAUCGACGCAGAGCCUACGGCGUAGGGUACGGCGUAGGGUACGGCGUACGGAGCGUGUCGCCGCGUAACCUACGCCGUAGGCUCUGCGUUGGUGUAACGCGGAACCAUAAAUCAGCCUUUAUUCUGGCGAGGUUUGAAAAAGACUUCGCAACAACGGGCAAACGAGUGAUUAUGUACAUUCACUGAGUGAAUAUUAUGAAAGUAAAAUAUAUAUUUCUCACUAGAAAUGUAAUCAAAACGCAUUUUUAUGCAGAAACUAACUCGCAAUAUUGAUUUUAUUCACUAAAAAUUAAGAAAUGUCCGCCAUGUUUUUCUUUUUUGAUUCAGUCCGCAAAUGACGACGAAAAGCAUUCUGGGAAAUUUAUCUGGCCCUAGUUCAGCUAGUGCACAUCCGAAAUCCCUCCAUCCGUAGGGACAAAUUCAUAGCCACUACACUCGUUUUCUCCACUACCCAUAGGUGAAAAGAGGAAUUGGGACACCACUACCCUCACGGGAACGCGCAAAAUGUAGGGGUAGGGAUGAACAGUAGGGGUAGGGGGAGUAUUGGGACAGGGCCUUUCAGUCACAUUUUCUAGCCGUCCAAUUUCUUCAAAUACCUUCAAAGCCCCGGACAAGGAAAACGAGAGGUCAUGGUGCUUUGAUUUCAGCCACAGUUUGCAGGUAAAAUAUAAGAUAUUCACGGACUAACUUCAGCAAAUAAAAUUAUCCUGUCUUUGUGUGAUUGUUUUUAGAUUGUAUUAUGUUUAGUGUGCAACAAAAAUCCAUUAAAAUAGAAUAUCUAAGAAGUUUAAAGAACUUUCAACUGCAUUAUUGAUCCCUUUUUGUCCUCACCAUAGCGUAUGGAUUCUAUUUGUCUGUGUUACGACAGAACUGUUCUUCUGUUAUAAAUACUUUGUACCCUGUUGUUCAUAUCGUUACUUGAUAACACAAAUGUAAACUGUUUCCUCAGAUUUUAUUAUAUGUGCGAAAUCAUGACUGUCACUAGUAAAAAACUAAAGUCAAUUAUAAAUGGUUCAGAACAAAUAAAGAAUGAAAACCCUUGCA